GCGAACGACUCGGGCCGGGAAGGACAGAAGCUCCAGCGGGCGUGGUACGUGUCGAGCCCCGCGCACAGGUGUGCGUCGCAGGCCAGGUGGGGCGAUCGCGCCGGUGCCUGGAGCCCGACGGAGCAGCCCGGCCCGGCCCGACCCGAGGGAAGCACGCGACACUACGGGGCCGCCAGUUAAAGCACAGCGGGCGAGGAUCCGCGGCCACUGCCGCUCCUGGCUCCUGUCCUUCGGCUACCGACCCGUCCCGGCCCAGGUACGAAGCUGUCCCGGAUUCCGCCUGAGAACUUUGUCCCAUGGGGCUGAGGAACCCGGCAGAUGUUUAGAUGGCAAUCAGUCUUCAGUUUUGAAAAACAACGUGUGGGGCUGUUCAGAGCAAGUAGAGGGGCACUCCCUCUCAGCCCAGCGAGUCGCAACUGAUUGCCAACAACGUGUUCAUGCAACAGGGUCUCACUACGUCCAGCCUGGAAUUUGCUGUGUGAGCAAGACCAACUUUGAGUCCCCGGAGAUCUACCUGCCUCUGCCUCAAAAGUACUGGGAUUAAAAGAAGAGACUCUUCCAACUCCCGUCAGUGGAUAAAGGAACUUGGCUGGAAGCAUGUGGCAGGUCCUAAGAAGAUGGAGGAAAGGAUGUUGGAGCCCACAUGGAGCCCUGGCAUGGGCUGUGCGGGGCCAGCCUCACCCCCCUUGCAGCCGUGCUGUUGCUAGUGCAUCCUCUGUGGGCGAGGAUGAGUACACCUUUGUGGUGGUAGGCGCAGGCUCUGCUGGUUGUGUGCUGGCUAGUCGGCUCACUGAGGACCCGAAUCAUCGGGUGCUGCUGCUGGAGGCAGGGCCCAAGGACUUGUUAAUGGGGAGCAAGCGACUUCAGUGGAAGAUCCACAUGCCGGCUGCCCUUGUGGCCAACCUGUGCGACGACAAGUACAACUGGUACUAUCACACUAAGCCGCAACCCUACAUGGAUGACCGCAUACUGUACUGGCCACGAGGCCGGGUCUGGGGCGGCUCCUCAUCCCUCAACGCCAUGGUCUACAUCCGAGGACACGCCGAGGACUAUAACCGCUGGCACUGUGAAGGUGCAGAGGGUUGGGACUAUGCGCACUGCCUGCCCUAUUUCCGCAAGGCGCAGAGACAUGAGCUGGGUGCCAAUAUGUACCGCGGUGGGGAUGGCCCACUGCAUGUAUCUCGGGGCAAGACCAACCAUCCGCUUCACCAGGCCUUCCUGCAGGCAACACAUCAGGCUGGCUACCCCUUCACUGAAGACAUGAAUGGCUUCCAACAGGAGGGCUUCGGCUGGAUGGACAUGACCAUCCACCAAGGGAAGCGCUGGAGCGCAGCCUGUGCCUACUUGCACCCAGCGCUGAGCCGCCCCAACCUCAGGGCCGAGGUCCAGACACUUGUAAGCAGAGUGCUGUUUGAGGGCACCCGUGCAGUGGGUGUGGAGUACAUCAAGAACGGCCAGAGCCACAAGGUUUAUGUCAGCAGGGAGGUGAUCCUGAGCGGGGGCGCCAUCAACUCUCCGCAGCUACUCAUGCUCUCUGGUGUUGGCAAUGCAGAUGACCUCAGGAAACUGGGCAUCCCUGUGGUGUGCCAUCUGCCUGGAGUCGGUCAAAACCUGCAAGACCACCUGGAGAUCUACAUUCAGCAUGCAUGCACACAGCCCAUCACCCUCCACUCUGCCCAGAAGCCUCUGCGGAAGGUCUGCAUCGGUCUGGAGUGGCUCUGGAGGUUCACAGGGGAUGGAGCCACAGCCCAUCUUGAGACCGGAGGGUUCAUCCGCAGCCGGCCUGGGGUCCCCCAUCCAGACAUCCAGUUCCACUUCCUGCCAUCACAAGUGAUUGACCAUGGGCGGGAACCCACCCAGCAGGAAGCUUACCAGGUACAUGUGGGAACCAUGAGGGCCACAAGUGUGGGCUGGCUGAAACUGAGAAGCACCAACCCUCGGGACCACCCUGUGAUCCAUCCCAACUACCUGUCAACAGAAACAGACGUUGAGGACUUUCGUCAGUGUGUGAGGCUGACACGAGAGAUUUUUGCACAGGAAGCCUUGGCUCCCUUUCGGGGAAAAGAGCUGCAGCCCGGAAGCCAUGUCCAAUCAGACCAAGAGAUAGAUGCCUUUGUGCGGGCGAAAGCUGACAGUGCUUACCACCCCUCCUGCACCUGUAAGAUGGGCCAGCCCUCUGACCCCGCCGCAGUGGUUGACCUGCAAACCAGGGUCAUUGGGGUGGAAAACCUCAGAGUCGUGGAUGCCUCCAUCAUGCCCAGCAUAGUCAGCGGCAACCUGAAUGCUCCCACGAUAAUGAUUGCAGAGAAAGCAGCUGACAUCAUUAAGGGAUACCCUACACUCUGGGACAAGAAUGUUCCUGUCUACAAGCCCCAGACUCUGGACACCCAGCGCUAAGACAGACAGCCAUUGCCUGAGGAUGACAGAGGAACUCAUGCCAAGCUGAGAGAUCCAGCAAGUACAGCCCUGCCUUAGAUAUUUCUGAAACGGUGUAGAAACUUGGGACCCAGCUAGCCCUACUCGUGGCUCAGACCUUCAUGGUAUCUGAGGAAAUGAGGUCAUGGUAGCCAGAGAGAGGCAAGUCCCCUUUCCCAGUGUCUCUCUAAGGGCCCUCUACAAAAAGGCUAGCAAGCCUUCCUCCUGACCUCCUGGGGUUAGCAGUUGGGGUAGCUACCUCCUUGCCAUGGUUUUCUCUUAUGGUAUCCAGCCAUCUCCAGCUCCCAGCUCUGCUCCCAGCACUGGGAUGAUCCUUUCCCUGGUCUCCCCACCCGAGGCCAUUUCUGCAAAGUCAGGGUGGUUCAACUAGACUGGGCUCUCCAAGGAAGCUUUAGCUGAAGCCUAAGAGGCCAGCAGCAGCUCAGCCAGGCUGCUUACCUGAGCUCAUGUCCCCGAUUAGAGGGAGAGGCAGCGGCUGGAGGACACCUCAUCCCGGUCUGCACUUCUCUCCUGCCCUGAUCUGAAGAGGGAGGUGCAGGGAUGAGGGCUCAGGUGCCCGCACAACUCAUGCCGACCUCUCUGGUUCUCAUCUUACGAAACGGUCCAGAUGAGAGGCUUUGCAGGACAUUGAUCGAGAAAAGGCCAUUUUGGCCUUGUUGCCAAAGAUUUCAUUGUUUAUAACUCUUACCACACAAACGUUCAGGAAUAUAUUGAGUCAGUCCCACAGGCCAGUCACUACCUCAUGCCAAGGACAUGAGCCUACAAGGACCUCUCAUGGUGGCCCUGGAAGUGGCCCAGGCACCAGAGCUACUUCUGCAGACAGGGGCUGACUGUUUCUUAUUCUCUAGACAAGGGAACAGAGGGCAUGGCACCGAGGCUGAUGGAGAACAGCAAAGGACUUUGGUGAGAAAGAUGAACCAGCCAGCCUGAGUCUUGGGCCAGGGGAGCGGAUACCAGCAGCAUUUAUAAGAGCUCUUUGAUCUGGAAAUUCCUCAUUCCUCAGCAUUUCCCUGUAAUUGGUAACUUAGUUUUGAACCAAGAUGCCUCAUCCUGACUGUUCUUACAAGAGAAUGAGGACCAACCACAUUUAGUUUUUCUGAAGAUGUCCAAAGCCAUCAUCUGUAGUGGGGAAAAAAAGGGACCAUUGUAGAGAAAUCACAUUGCUGAACGAAGAAGGGAGGGGGAACUAUCAGGAUUCCAGGCUCCCCUAGGAUUGACUGGCAUGAGCUGCCUUCUGGACUUUUGAGUCCAGAUAGCUGCAUCUGAGAGGACCCUUCAAAGGGUUCAAGACAAAUUAUAAACCAUCGCUUUUACUUUGAAAACCAGGCCGCUCUUGUUUCAUCUUACCUGCUUCUUGCCCUUUUUGUUU